AUGAAGGUUCUUUCGUAUCUGAUAGUUUUAGGAUGUCUCCUGAUAAGUUGUCAUACCAGCUAUGGGGAAAGAAUUUCGAUGGAAUCAGAAGAAAAUGCAAUAAGUGGAAAAUCCUUAGCACCUGGCUAUAAAUCCUGUCCACAGCGUUUGGGAGCAAAUAAUAUUGUUCAGAUUGAAGUUCCUGGCCUUUGGCCCUUUUAUGUCUCCUGCGAGUCCAAUAUCGCCGGACCAGGAUGGAUUGUGAUCGCACGUCGCUCAAACGAUAAAACGAACUUUUUCUUGAAAUGGGAAGAAUAUAAGCAUGGCUUUGGCGAAUUAUCUGGAGAUUUCUUCCUCGGAUUGGACAAAAUACAUGCCAUAACUGGAACACAGAACCACGAAUUGUAUAUACACCUGGAAGACUUUGAAGGACAAACUCGAUAUGCACGAUACGAUCAGUUUUAUAUUGAAAACGAAAACAUGCAAUAUCAACUGACAAAAGCUAAUGGAUUCUCUGGAGAUGCGGGAAAUGGUCUCGACUACCAGAAAGGAAUGAAAUUCUCCACCUACGACAAGGAUCACACUGGACACUGUGCAGUCGAUCGGAUGGGCGCUUGGUGGUAUAAUGGAUGCGCCAACAGCAACCUUUUUGCCCUUUAUUUGGGUGGUGAAUAUAGCACUGCAUUGGAGGCUAAGGGAAUGCAUUGGAAAUCCUGGCGUGGCCUGAGAUAUGCCUACAAGAGAAUGGUUAUGAUGGUGCGACCAACAUAAAUACUCCGCGAUUAAGCAAAACAUUUAAUAAAUAUCAAUUAAAUUUUAAAUAAAUAUAAACGUAAAA